CUGCGUCAGCCUGCUCCUGCCAGCGAGUGAACGCUGCUACUGGAGCUGCUGUACCCUGCAGAGAGCUGUGUGUGUGUGUGUGUGUGUGUGUGUGUGUGUUUUUAAAUGUAUGAGUGUACGCAGAUGGGAAAGCAACUGAGUCAGGGAGAGCUGCCUCGCAUCUCUACUCUGUUACCACCAUCCUUCACUCUCCCUCCUCUCCACCUCCGCUGCCAUGGAGCUCCAGCAGGCUGAAUCACAACAGCAUCUACAGAAAGGGCUGAGGCUUGCUUCACAAUCCCCUCCAAACAAGAAUCUAGAUGUGUCUUAAAGGGCAGGUAGAUGUGUAUGCGUGUGCUGUGCUCCAUUGGGCCAGUAUGGAGUGUGUGUGUCUGAGAAGGUGGGCAUCAGGCUCUGCUGUCAUCUUCCUUCACACACUGGCCUUAUCUUGGACAGGUGCAAUUGAGCCCGCUCCCAAAAUUGAUGGACAGCACCGGGCGGCUUUGACACUGCAGGAGAACAUGACGCACUGGUUCAACUGCCAAUCAGACGGCUGGGAUCCCCGUGCCCCUCCCUUGCUAACAUGGUACCUGAAUGGGGAGCAGCAGAGAGAGCCACCGCCCAACCAUGGGCGCCUGGUGAUGACGUCGCAGGAAGGCUCUGAGGUCGUGAGACCGGGGACCAAUCACAACAGCACCUUCUCGCUGCGGGCCAGGAAGUGGGACAGGGAGCUGGUGUGUGUCGCAUCAAACCCCAGGACAGGAGAGAGCUACAAUGCCACGGUCACACUCAAUAUCCAGUUUCAGCCAGAGAUCCUCAGGCUGAACGCCCACUACAGUGAAACCUCAGACCCUGGCCUCUCCCUGGUCCUAUUUGCCUUGGUACGGUCCAACCCGCCUGCCACCAUUACCUUUGUGGACCAGUCUGGCCAGCUGGUGGCCAACACCUCAGACUUCCUCAUCCUGGACUCGCGAAGCUACCCCUGGCUGACCAAUCACACGCUGAAGGUCACGCUCGGUAGCCUAUCAGGGAACAUCUCGCUGAACGUCAGCAACAGUGUGGGAACGGUGCAGAACAACCUCACACUGGCAGAGUUCCUGCAGUCUCGUGUGGAGGUACCUAUGCUGGGAAUAGUGACUGGGGGAGCCAUGGCCUUCAUGGCCCUCCUUGUCCUCAGUCUGAUUGUUCUCUGCCUCAUGCAAAAAAACAAGAGCAAGUCCUUUGAUGAGCCAGUGGAGAUUCUGAUGACCAAGAAAAGCAGCUCAGCCAAUCUAAAGACCGAUAAGACCUCCAUCCCCAGAGAGAACAUGUCUCUGCCUUCCAACAUGCAGCUCAACGACCUCAACACUUUGAGAAAAGCCCGAGAAGCCGCCCAGCAGAGCAUUGUGGGAGAGAAGAAAGAGGAGGAGGAGGAGGAGGAAGAUCUGUCUUUAGCCUAUGCUGCCAGAGGUUUUGCCAGAUAUCCGAUGGUGGGCUACAUCUAUAAGGUGAACAGCACAAGCAGUGAGGAGAUAUGGCUCUGACUGACCUCAAAGUUACACACACACACACACACACACACACACACACACACACACACACACACACACACACACACACACACACACAGACUGUACGUGCAUGUGUAGCUAUACUUCCAAUGGUGCAGCUGUCUAAAAGAAGACCCAGAGCAACUGCCAUUCAGUCAUUGAACCAAUCAUCAGUCACCUUUAAGCUGGACCAGUAUGACUAGGAACCAGUAACUAGCUCUGUCUAUCUGGGCCUCAUACAGUACAUACACACUCUGUUUCUCAAGUUCAUAAAUGAACUUGAAUUUCUUGUUCACAAAACAAAACUGUCGAUGUUUUUUGUCUCUCUGAAUCAAGUGCUCUGGUCUAUACACCCCAGGUGUGAUGUCUCAACAAUGCAAUGCAAUGAACGCUACAUAAAAAUGCUCAUAUUCUGUAUGUUUCGACAUGAUUUCCACCUGUAACCACAUGCUCAUGAUGUCCUCCUCCCUGUUGCAUUACUGGAAUGCAUUAAUUGUUCUAUACUAACACCAGAAUGUCCAAGAUAAUCUAAUGUAUGUGCAAUUUUACAUUUUGACCAAUAAUAUUCAAAUAAGAUGGUACAUAUUUAAAGAGUAUGUAUUUGUAUAUGGACAUGUACUGUAUAUUUGUAUGCAUAUGUAUAUGUGUAUA